CUUUUAGACUUCUUUUAGACACAACGGUUUGAUUCCGACUUCACGCCACUUCAUUUCACCGCACACGUCUGGUUGGCAGGAAACGGGAGCAAGGUUACGAUACGCUGCCUCCGACGUGGUCCUCAGAUGCCAAAGCUGCCAGCCCGGGCCGUUGAAUGAUUACCCCGUUGGGCUGGAAGAGAUUCGAUAUGCUGGAUGUGGCAGGAGGGCGUAGAUGGCCCUCGACCACAACAGGUGAGCGCACUAUUUCGUAUCCUCUCCUCUUUCCUUUCUGCUUUCUCCCUCUUCGGCCAUCACGACAUGGUAUCGUGAAUCCUGCGGGUGUUGUCGCGCCUCUUUGCCUUGUCCGUCUUCUGACCGCAGUCACUCAUUCUCGGGUCAUUCGCUUCUGUCACUCGUUUCAAGCACUCGUUUUCCAUUCAACCAGUCACUCCUUCGGCCCAACGCAGCCAUGAUGUUCCUCUCUACUUCCAUCUCCCUCUUCCUUUGCGCCCUCACGUGCGUCUCCGCCAUCCAAUUCACCUACCCCACCGCCGGCGACAACCUCACCAAGGGCGACACUUACGAUGUGACCUGGACGACCGUCGACACCGACCCGACACAGUUCAGCAUCUACCUGUGGAACUUCAAGUACUACCCGCCGUACUACACCUUCCUUACGCAGGUGCAGACCAGCGCACAGAGCCAGGAGAUUACGAUCCCGUGCAAUGUCGCGGACGAAGACGGCUGGCAGUUCACGGCCAUCGACGGCACGAACGUCUAUGUCAUCUACGCGCAGACGCAGAACUUCACCAUCAAUGGGGCGACGUGCACUUCGCCGACCGUCGGCCCCAAUCCCGAGGGCAAUAUUGUCACACAGACGGUGACGGCCUCGGGCUGCUCGACCACGACCACGUCUUGUCUUGCUGGCGUUACGGUCACUGUGGCCUCGACGACGAUUACGGAGACGCGCCGGGUGGCUGGAUCGACGACUACGGUCGCUGGAUCGACGACUACGGUCGCUGGAUCGACGACCACUGUUACAGGGUCUACCACGACAGUAGCGGUCUCGACAACAACUGUAGCUGGAUCAACAACCACGGUAGCUGGCUCAACAACUACGGUCGCUGGAUCUACGACCACUGUCGCAGGGUCUACCACGACAGUGGCGGGCUCUACCACCACCGUCGCGGGCUCUACCACGACAGUGGCUGGAUCUACAAAGACGGUCGCUGGCUCUACAACGACGGUGGCCGGCUUUACGACCACUGAUACCGUCACCCGCGGGAGACAGACGGUCACCACGACUGUUUCCAACGGCACGGGACCUAAGGGCACCACCACGAUUACCAAGACCGUGACUGUUACUCAGACGGUUACAAAGGGCAAGGGUCCUACUGGACCAACCGGUCCUACUGGACCAACAGGACCUACUGGACCACACGGCACUGGACCUAUUGGACCGCACAACACUGGACCUACUGGACCGCACAACACUGGACCUACUGGGCCACACGGCACUGGGCCUACUGGGCCACAUGGAACUGGACCGCACGGCACUGGACCUACUGGACCACAUGGAACCGGACCGCACGGCACAGGACCUAAUACAGGCUCCAGCACGCCAACUACGCUCGCCACCAAGCAUUGGCAUCAUCGGAAGCACCACCACGGCCACGCUCAUAUUCACCGUUGGUAAGAGGAGCAUUCUUUGACUAAUAUAAUACCGAUUUUACGAGGAAGGCGGCUUGUUGAGAGGUUGAGAGGGUUUAGCAUGGCUCUUGCAUCGAGGAACAACCUGAG